CCGACUGAGGUCACAGGUUUCUGGCGCGGGGGAACAAUGGACUUCGGGAUCAAAGCGUCAGUCUCGACUCGUCAUUUUUAGAUUUGAAGGACAAACACUACACCCAAGGCAAUUGCAGGUUACCGUGCCGCGAGAACACCCAGAGGUGGUUCGAAGAUUGUGAUUUGGUUGCGCGAUUUAUGUGCUUCUGUGGUCGACAAGUGAGGCUGAGCAUCCAAAGGCAUUCACAUGCAAAUACCCAGUGAGUGAGAGGUUGUCUGACUGCACAGAAGCAAAAGCGAAGAAGGAAACAAGUUCAGCUGCUGUGUGGAACAUAAGGACGAAGGCAAAUAUGCAACGAAUCUGAUCGAAUCCAAGAAGGUCUUGUUUUGAUAUGAGAGGUGUGCUUCUUGGAGUCACUUUUUCUCAAGGACUUAUGACCUGGUUUGUCAAGGUAAUGCUACUGAACAUCAACAGAACUUGUUUUUGAGUCACGGACAGCUCUGAAAGACCAAUGAAGGAGUCGGACCAAAGCAAGGAUAACCCCCUGACCUGGGAUUUCGACCAGUCUUGGAGUUCACUGCUCGACCCGGCUGCUCGUCUUUGCCUCAACACUUUGGAUUUCUCAGACCUCUGGGACGAGGAAGAUAGCACAGAGGACGAGGGUACCAGCUCAACCAGUGAAUCAACAGCAUGCCUCAGAGGCCCUCCGGCACCCCCUCCUCUUCCUCCACCUCCUCCACCUGUCCCAUCUUUGCCCUCAGCUCCCGAAACCGGUGCGACCAUCAAAUGCCGCACCUUAAAGCUGCACUGGAGGGAGCUGCAGAGUUUAGCCCCCCUUCCGAGGACGACCCGCUUUGGGGGACAGACUAUUUGGGCCGGACUCGAGCCAGUCCAUUUGGAUACAAACAAACUGGAGUACCUGUUUGAAUCUAAAGGCGGUAGCACCAUUUUUAAUGUGGUUUCUGGGAAGCAGAAGCAGCCAUCAGUGUCAGUGUUGGCGAUGAAACGGAGUAACAUCAUAACCAUCGCCCUGAGCAGCCUGCCCCCUCCCCGCCUCCUCCCUCCUGCUAUCUACAGCAUGGACAGCAGUGUGCUGGACAGAGAGGACGUUCAGCGGCUUCAAGCGCUGAUCCCAACAGAAGAGGAGCUUUGCUUGAUCAAGGAGGCCAAGGCCCAGAACCCCCACUCCCCUCUGGCCCCAGCUGAGCUCUGCCUGCUCACUUUGGGGGAAAUCCCUCAUCUGAACUCCAGGCUUCAGCUGUGGGCCUUCGCUCUGGACUACGACUCCUUAGAAAGGGAGAUUGCAGAGCCUCUCUUCCAUCUAAAGUUGGCCAUGGAGCAGCUCUCAGCCAGCCAGACCUUCAGAUGUAUUCUGGCCACAGUGUUGGCGAUCGGUAACUUUCUCAACGGAUGCAAGGCCCGGGGUUUUGAGCUGAGUUACCUGGGGAAGCUGUCCCAGGUGAGGGACACGCACACCCGCCAGCCUCUGCUGCACCACGUCUGUGUGCUACUGAUGCAGCUCUACCCGCAGUCGUCUGACCUCUACUCUGACAUCACUGCUGUUACUAAAGCUGGCAAGUGCGACUACUCCCUCGUCCAGUCCAACUUCUCCCAGCUAGAGGCCCAGUGCAAAGCAUCGUGGGAGCAACUCAAGAUUUUGGACAAGGCAGAGGACAAGAGGAAAGGUGGAAAGGCACAGAAGAGGAGAGGGGGAGGAGAAGAUGAGGCCUCGGCACCCGAGGGCUCGCUCCGUCGCAGGUUGCCGAAGAUUUUGAAAGAGUACGAGGAGAGGCUGAAGGUGCUGAGAGCCGUCCAUCGCCGGGUCAUCAACAGGUUCCACUCUUUCCUCUUGUUCCUCGGCUACUCCAAAACCAUGGUGAGGGACACCAAAGCGGAGGACUUCUGCAGAACCGUCAGUAACUUCUCUCUGGAAUACAGGACCACACGGCAGGCCAUCCUCCUGCAGAGAGAGAGGGAGAGACAGAAAAGUGGCGCCGAGAGUCCAGGCCCGAACACUCCCGCAGCCAGGAGGAAACAUCAGCAAACUCCGUCACAGGAAUGUGAGGAGCAACGUAAGCUGGAGGAGGUGCUGAAAACGCCUGAGUCCACCCCACGACUGGACUUCACACUGCCUCGAAACCGCAGGAGGAUGACUGACAUCCCAGGUUCUCAGCCACGGAAGCUGACGUGGUGACCCUGCUGAUACACUGUCAAAACACAUUCAAUCACUGGUGUGCAAGAAGAAGAUUAAUGUGAUUGUUAUUUAUGACAUUGUUGUUGGAAUUCACUUUUUUUUUGUGCUGCACGUUGUUGUUUAUCGGAGAGAAAAUGGACAGGUGUACGAGAUUUCACACGCCAAUGAAAAUGUAAUCACGUUUGAGGUUAAAUGAAGAGAUGCGUUAAAGUCUGUGUCGAUUAAAAAAAUAUAUCCAACGUGUAAAUUUAUUUGUGUGUUUGGGUUCUGAAUAAAGGGUGUUUUGACUUGUUAUGUUAUAUAUUAUGUUCCUGACUAUCUUGAUCCGUUGUUUUCCUGCUCAUCUGGGAGUCCAGUGACAUUAGUUUAUUUAAAAAAGAUUUCAGUAAUCUAAUUGUUCAAUAAAGCAUAUCUGUCCAUUUUAUUUUAAAGUACUAAAAGUAUGCUGACAGUAAUAUUAUAGCAUAAUAUAUUACUUUAAAAUUAAGGUAACUUGUAACAUGUAAUAUAUUGCAUUUUUUACAGUGCCUUGCCCAACACUGAUUGUUAGAGCAGCUUCUUCCUGUUCAUCCACAUUCUAUCCCAUGUUUACAAUGUAGCAUCACAUGCUAACUGUUUAGCUCACAUUGUUUUUUUUGUUUUGCUUUGUUUUGUUUUGUUUUUGCAGCCAGUGACGUCAUGACCGGCCCCGUCUAUUCUCUGUCCACCGCUGUGUGUGUGUGUGUGUGUGUGUGUGUGUGUGUGUGUGUGUGUGUGUGUUUGUAUGUGUGCGUCACAGAUCAAUAAAGC